AUGGAGGUAUGUCUUGAACGAAACCAAGAGUUUCGAAUUGAGGUGGGAGAAGUACAGAGAUUGAAGAUAAUGGUACUGAGUGGGCUUGCAGAGGUGAAGGGACAAGAGCUGCUAAACGAGAGGUGGUAUACAUUCAACAACACAAGGACGUUUGUGUUUACUUUUUCUGGAUGCAAGCUGAAAAUUGAUGGAGUGUGUGAUUUGCAGUAUGUCUCUGAUGUGACUAAUGUUCCAUCGAUAUUCAAUAUAGCACGCUUUUUUGCAAGCAGAGGGUUUGAUUAUGGAAAGAUGCGCACAUUCAUGGUGGUUGGGAAUGGCAGAAGCACGUUCUGUUUUACUCUGAUUAAUUUUUUUAUACGGCUUGGCAAGAAGGUGCUGUUUACUGAGGUUGACCCAGCGAAGGGAAAUGUGUUUCCUGGGGCGCUUAGCACGAUGCAUGUUGACACGCUGAUCGAUUGUGUAGAAGGCCUGAAGCUUAAUAAUCCACUGUCGUUUUACUAUGGAUCGACUGAGAUUGCCAACAUGGAUCUAUAUGAUGUUCAGACUAUGCGGUUGCAAGAGGCAAUACAAGGGAAGGGUGUGAAUGAUUUCCAUCUAAUACUCUGUCCAGAAGGCACUUCGAUGUUUUAUGAUGCAUUAAUAAAGAGAUUUGAGGUUGAUAGAGUUGUUGUAGUGGGAGACGAGAGGAUGUACCAUUCGAUGAAGGUGAUUGCAGAGAAGAUUAUGAUACGUAGGAGCGGAUAUGUUGAGGAGAAGGAUGUUGGAAGAAGCAUAUCAAGGUAUUUCAAGGGAGUCAGUGGGGAAUACACGCCUUUUUCGUUCAAUGUGAAGUAUAAGUGGAAGGUUGUGAGGAUUGGGGAGAUGUAUGUUGCGCCGAUGAGUGCAUUACCACUUGGAACGUCAAGGAAGGUUGGAUGCGUGGAAGCAUGUGAAGUUGAGGUUGUUGAAAGUUCAGUGUUAGGCAUAUCUGAGGCGAAAAGUAUUGAUGAAGUGGCAAGAUCGCCUGUUGUAGGGUAUGUUGUGGUGAUUGAUCGCAAUACAUUUAAGAUUCUUUGCACUCAGCCUAAGCUUCCGAAGUAUAUGUUUUUUGUACAAGGAGAUAUGCGGCAUGUUGAGUAUUGA